GAAAAGAAAAGUGGCAAUGAAGUGAUUGCUUUGAAUUCGUAUAAUAUCUUGAAAAGGAUAAAUGAUGACAAGGAUAAAGAGACAAAAUAUUUCACGCCAACUAUUGAGAAUGUAUUCGAAGAAGUGAACAGUUACUGUAAAUCAAUCAAGAAUGAGAUUAUCUUAUUUGGUGGACCAUAUUCCGGGUUAUCAGAAGGUGUUAAGAUAUACACUGCCUUUUUUAAGAGUAUUGAUCUCGAGGUAUCUAGUAAAUUAACACUCCCAGACUCUUAUCGUGAUCGAAAGGGUUUAGGGCCAGAUCAUCUCUCAAUCAAAGACUUAUACCCUGAUCAUUAUCAUACCAGAGACAAAUCAAAAGAAGUCAAACAAUUUCAGAUCCUAGCAGCUUACAAUUUUAUUGGUAAACUUCUACGUGGUGAAACCGAAGCAGAUGUUGGAAACGAACCAAUAGUAAUCUAUGAAAGGAGUCUAGGAUGUGUAAAUACUUUCAACCGAGCAUAUUAUAUACCCACAUUUUCAUUGGACAGUUUCUAUAAAUUACAUGAUUCGAAACGUCUAGAUAUACAUAUAUCUUCCGAAGAUAAUAAGUAUGCAUUCACGAUGUCCAAUAAGCAUAGAUCAGAGUCCCUCGAAGUUAAAGAAGCCUACCAACAAACAUAUAAAUUAUACGAAAU